AUGCAGUUUCCUUCUUUUUGCGUCUUUGUGCUGGGAGUGUCACUGGUGAAGACAUCGGACCCUGAGCCAUGCAACUGUGAAGAGAAAACGAACACCUGCACCCUCCUCGCUGGAGCUAAUGGGUUGCCUGGUACUCCCGGGACCAAUGGGCUGCCGGGCACCCCUGGGAUGCAGGGAUUGCCAGGAAGAAAUGGAGAGGAAGGUCCUAAAGGUGAAAAGGGAGACCCAGGAUUACGAGGGAUACAGGGACCCCCAGGAAAAGCCGGCCCUCCUGGGUCUAAAGGGGAUCAAGGUGAACGAGGACCCAACGGUGACAGCGGAGGCAGAGAACUUGAACUUCUUAAAACUCAAAUCAGUCAUUUACAAGAACAGAUGAAGGAUUUGCAGUUGACCGCAAGUAAAACCUCAACAGUCUUUCUAGGCCAAAUGUUUCCAAACAGCACAGCAGCAAGAGAGAAAAAAUUUGUAACCAGUGGAGCUGAAGGGAAUUAUCAGCUUUCAAAAACCACGUGUUCCCAUUUCGGCCUGCAAAUUGCUUCACCCAGGGACGACAAGGAGAACAAGGCUGUGCAGAGUCUGGCCGCCAAGUUUGGGAAAAACGCGUUUCUUGGAAUGAAUGACCAGGAAACGGAAGGCGUCUUCAAGCAUUUAAACGGCGAUCAAAUGGCAUACUCAAAAUGGGCCCCGAAUGAACCGAAUGGAGUCCAUGAGGACUGCAUAGAAAUAUACCCGGAUGGCAACUGGAAUGAUGUUCCAUGUGGUUUGAGCCGGUUAAUAAUGUGCGAAUUUUAG